GGAUUUAGCCUCCAAUGCCAGACUGAAGAGGCAUCAUGGGUUUAUCUGAUGCUUUGGCGUGGUACCAGAGCGUGUUAAGGAUUCGCUUUAUCUUUCGGGAUGUACAAAGGAUUUAUUUUCCAUUACUCGCUGCCGUUAGUGUGCCUCUUAACGUGGCAACGAUUGUCAUCCUCUCCCGCGGAAAGUGCGGUCUCUCCAGAUGCGUCACUGGCUACCUCCUGGCCAUGGCAUCGGCGGACCUCCUCGUGGUGAUCUUCGACGUGAUAUGGAGGCACAUACCCAUUCUGUUUCGGGAAGACUUUCUGUUUCUGCAGGAUGUGGAAGUGUGCAACAUUCACGCUGCCCUGCUUUUUGCAGCCACUGACUGUUCUGUUUGGUUCACCAUCGCGUUCACCUUCGAUCGAACUGUGGCCAUUUGUAACCAGAAGCUGAAAGUGAAAUAUUGCAGUGAGAAAACGGCGGCUACGGUUGUGGGAACAGUGACGGCGCUGAGCUGUUUCAAGAACAUCAUCUGGUGCUUUAUGUAUAACCGCACCUAUCGUUUUGUAAAUGAUCCUAUGUUCUGUGGGAUCGAAAUCAGUGACCCUAAAUUACAGCUGUGGGCGUCUUUGGAACUUGCUCACUACGCUGUCACACCCUGUGCCCCAUUUGCACUGAUCCUGCUGCUCAACAUUUUCACCGUCAGGCACAUUUUAGUGAGCAGCAGAGCCCGCAGCAGACUCCGGGCUCACAGCAAGGGAGAGAGUCCCAGAGACCCCGAGAUGGAGAGUCGAAGGAGAUCCAUCAUCUUAUUGUUUGCUGUCUCUGGCAAUUUCAUUGUCUUGUGGGCGGUGUUUACGGUGACCGCGAUACUUCAACGAAUCUCUCACCUGGAUCUGACAAUCAGCAUGCCGGACUAUGUCCCCGAGUUAGGCUUCAUGCUCCAGCUCCUGAGUUGCAGCACGAACACUGGGAUCUACGCCGUGACCCAGUCUAAGUUCAGAGGACAAUUUAAAAGUGUGGUCACAUACCCCAUCUGCCUGUUGACGAAAUUAACUAAACAGUGCGUGGAUGGUGGGCGCCUCCUCAACUCCAGGUCAUAAUACAGUCACAUCCUAGUGUCAGCAGAGCGCUGCAGUGAGUAAGAGAGAGUUGCCGACUUAGCCAUGAAUGGCUUGUCAUAAAUUGUUAGGGGCUGUUUCAGAGGUGUUAGUGUUCAGCGAAGUACAAGUAUUUGAUUUUGAGGUGGUGCGUGAGGGCCACAUCGAAGUUGCUCAGUCAAUCGUUGUGAAGUUCGGCAGGUCAGCGGGUGAAUGAUCCUCAUAGACACUGCUGAGCUUUUAAUUUGGAGGCUGCGUUAGGUCAUGGGCUUCCUAUCGAUCGUCCGUAUGUCUGUGUAUCUAUGUAUCUAUCUCUUUAUCCAUCUAUCUAUCUACCAAUCUAUCGAUCUAUAGUCUACGUAUUUAUUUAUCUAAUUUUCUCUCUAUCUGUCCAUCUGUGAAUCAGUCUCCCUAUCUACUCAUCCAUUCAUCUAUCUACCCAUAUCGGCAGCUGUUGCCACGCAGGAAAUGGACAUGCAUUCAAAAUUGUGCACAUCAUGCAUCAGGAAUUGGUAUUGAACCACAGCAUGCACACUCCAAACUGUGAGGUCUAAGAUGCAGGCACGUGUCCUCUUGGGCUUGAGUAUCAGUCAUUGACAGUGCUGGGAAACGGGUCGAAUUUGUUUCGAUGUUGAGUCUCUGAAAUUUCACAGAAAAUCCAGCCUGCAGGAAAAUUGUCAUUUCUUUCU